ACCAGGCGGCUCCGUCCCGGCGGCAGCCCCCCGUGCCCCCCCUCCGUCUCUGAUAAGCAGUUUCUGAAGACUGAAGGACCUGCUAAAGGGAACACCUGCUUUUGAGGUUGCAAAGGUGCUAAAGCAUGGCUGACUUGGAUCACAACCUCAGUCUUGCGGAUGCUCUGACAGAGCCACCUCCCGAGAUUGAGGAAGAAGUGAAAAGGGACUUCAUUGCCACUCUGGAAGCAGAGAAAUUUGAUGAUGUGGUUGGAGAAACAGUAGAUAAAACAGACUAUGUUCCUCUGCUGGAUGAUGAUGAAAAAGCUGGGAGCCAGGAACCAAAAAGCAAACCCCAUGCAGACGGUAUUCAGGUGGAACAUACUUCAGCUUCUGGGCCAACAGUUGUAGAAAAUGGUGACCAUGGAAUAGAAGAUCACCACACAGUCUUCAGAGAAAUCAUGGAUGAAAAGCUGUCUUACAAAGAAUUUCUCGAUCGCAAUGACUCCUGGACGAUGGAUGACAGAGACCUGUGCUUUGAAUCACAGCCCGUAUUCAAACCCAUGGAAAUGACUGACCCCUUCAGCAUGCACAGAGGCGAGAAUCUGCCUGAUUUAUCGUUUCCUACUGACAUGAAGAAUGUGCCGCUGUUCACGGACCAUGUUGAUGCUUCCAGAGACAUCCAUGCACCGCAUGGAUCUAUGAUGGUACCUGAACAACCUUUCUUGGGGCCCCUGUAUUCUCCUGCAGAGGCUCUAGACCCAUCAGCCUUCAUUGGCCUGGACCCAACUGCAGAAUUUCUGCAAGACAAAGCAGUGCCUGAAGAACAUUGGAUGGGAGCUCAGCAUGACGUGAAGGGACCAGAUGCCUCUUUCUUUGUUGAGCCACCAGUGACUGAAGCAAUAAAGCUGAAUUUGCCGGAAGGCCCUGCAGCAGUGGCUCCUGUUUUCGUUCCUGCUGCAGUAACAGCAUCCCCAGGAGAGGCUGAAGCUACUGAUGGACCAAAAGCAGAUGCAGCAUAUGUUCCUGCCUCGGAUGUCAUGUCCAUUUCUGCAGAAAAAGCUGGGUCCAUUCUUGCAGGAGACACCAAGCCUCCUCAAGCUCUGGAUGCUGGAUUUGCACCUACAGCAGAAGCCAGCCCUCUUCAGCCUAUGGAUGUUGGGUUUGCUCCUGCACCUGAAGCCAAGCCUCCUAAUGCUGUCAAUGAUGCAUCUGCCCCAGUGGCAGAUACUGGCUUCACCCCAGCAGCAGAUGCUAUGUCCCAUUAUGCUACAGAUUUGGAGUUUGCCCCAGCAGAAGAUGCAGGGUUUGCCCCAGCAGCAGAUGCAGAAUCUCACUAUGCUAUGGAUUUGGCAUUUGCCCCAGCAGCAGAUACUAAAUCUCAUCAUGCUGUGGGUUCUGAGUUUGCACCAGCAGCAGAUGCAGAGUUUGCCCCUGCAGCAGAAGUCAACCAUCUUCAUGCUAUGGAUUCUGGGUUUGCUCCUGUAGCAGAAGCCAAGCCUCUUCCUGCCAUGGAUUCUGGGUUUGCCUCUACAGAAGCUAAGUCUGUCUCCGCAGCUGACACCGAGAUUGCUGCAUCUGAAGAGCUGAUGACGUCUGAGUCUUCUCUUGAGCAAGACAAGUCACCUUUCGACAAGCCUCCUGCAGAAGCAACUGCAAAUGUGGAACCAGAAUCAAAAGUCCCAGAAGCUUGUGUUGAUCUGUUAGAGAAAGCUAAAGACAGCAGACCACCUCCCAGCCACCAUGAAGAGCAUCUUCCAGAACAGACAAACCAUCUUUCAGAACCAGCGGUUCCAGUAGAAGCAAAAGAAGCCGUUGCACUAGAAAAUAAAGACCUCCUUCCAGAAAAAUCUGUUACUACUGUGGAUGUUACUGUUACAGAGAAACAGAAGGAGGAGGCUGAACACAACCAUGUCCAACACGCAGAACCUCAGCAAGAAAAAACCCUGCAAGAGCCUACAGCAAAACCAGAAGAGACCAAACCAGCUGAAGCUGUGACAGGGAAUGAUAUCACAGCACCUCCCAACAAAGAGCUUCCUCCCAGCCCUGAGAAGAAGACAAAGCCUGCCGCAUCCACAUCAUCUACAAAGCCUGCAGCAACGAAAGCCAGGCCCCUGUCCGCUACCAGCCCCAAGCGGCCAGCCUCUGCCACGCCUGGCCCAAACAAAAAACCCACCAGCCCUACUGCAGGUCCUACUUCAGCCACUACUACUAAACGCCCAGCCACCAGUACUACACGUCCCUCCACCUUAACUCCCAAAGAGACUAAACCAAAGGUUGCAGAUGCGAAGACCACAGAUAAGCGGACCUCACUUUCAAAGCCUCCAUCAUCUGCCACUCCUAAAACUACUGUCAGGAGCACCCCUGCUACUCCUAGGACAACAGCGGCAUCGCCAGUCACCGCAGCUGCUGCUGCGAAAAAUACUGCUACUUCUCCACCGAAGAGGCCAACAUCUAUCAAGACUGAUGCAAAGCCUGCAGAUGCCAAGAAGACUUCUGCAAAGUCACCAUCAGCAGACAUAAGCCGCCCUAAGAGUGCUACUGGAAAUGCAGUAAAAAGUAGUGCCACCACUCCUUCUACCACCGCCUCCAGCGCACCUACUUUACCUGGAGUAGCCACCAGUCGUCCCAAAACCAAGCCUGCUGCAACCAAACCCACUGCAACCUCAACCGCAACAGCAGAUGCUAAAAAAACAACUGCUAAGGCUCCGACUAAACCCAGCACUGUUUCCAAGCCACCUCGCCCGACCAGCAGCGUUUCAGCUCCAGAUCUGAAAAAUGUACGUUCCAAAAUUGGAUCAACAGAUAAUAUUAAACAUCAGCCUGGUGGAGGAAAGGGGAAAAUAGAGAAAAAGCCAGAAUCAGCCGCUGCUGCACGAAAGUCUGAACCCAAUGCGGUCUCUAAAAUGGCUACUACUAAAACAACCGUAUCAAAAGAGGGUGCCCCAAAACAGCCCAAUGGGAAAGUCCAGAUAGUCUCCAAAAAAGCGAACUACAGCCAUGUUCAGUCCAAGUGUGGUUCCAAGGACAAUAUUAAGCAUGUCCCUGGAGGUGGGAAUGUGCAGAUCCAGAACAAGAAAGUUGACCUUUCCAAAGUGUCCUCGAAGUGUGGCUCCAAAGCAAAUAUCAAGCAUAAGCCAGGGGGAGGAGAUGUCAAAAUUGAGAACCAGAAGCUGAACUUCAAGGAGAAGGCCCAAGCCAAAGUGGGUUCUCUGGACAACGUGGGACACUUGCCAGCAGGAGGAACCGUGAAGGCUGAGGGGAGCGCGGAGCCAGGGCAGCUCCCGCCAGCCCCUCAGAAUGGAGAGGUGACAGCGGCCCAGGCAGGCAGUGAGAUGCGGGAGAAUGGCGUAGGGCCGGCAGUGCCCACUGCCCUGAGCGGUGGUGACCAAAGGGAAAUUCAGAGCUUCGAGACUCAGAUACAAGAAACAAAUUGAAUCUCACAAGCUGACGUUCCGUGAGGAGGCCAAGGCUCGAACAGACCACGGAGCGGA